CAACCCUUCACCUCCUAGAGAUCUUGGUGAGCUUGAAGGUGUUGAAUUUCCCGACCUUCCAUCCCUGGAUGGAUACUUGCAAUAUUGGGGAACUCACAGGGUCACCAAGGAAAAUGUCAUCUAUACUUGGAUCAAUGAAGAAGGAAAAAUCAUGAACCGAAGAACCUACCAGGAACUUCAUGAGAAUGCAUCUCACAUUGCACACAAACUAUUGACAAGCACGAAGCCUAUUAUCAAGCCUGGUGACAGAGUUAUCCUUAUUCACCUCCCAGGUCUGGAGUUUAUUGAUGCAUUCUUUGGGUGCAUUAGAGCAGGAGUCAUACCAGUCCCAGUUAUUCCCCCUGAUCCAAUGCAAAUGGGUGGGCAAGCACUUCUCAAAGUCGAGAACGUCUCUAAAGUGUGCAGUGCUGUGGCAAUUCUGUCAACUUCUUCGUACCAUGCUGCCGUACGUGCAGGUUAUGUCAAGAACAUUGUCACUCUAGCAAAGAAUCAGAAAUGCUCUGCGCAGUGGCCUGACCUCCCGUGGAUUCACACCGAGUCAUGGAUCAAGAACUACCGGCGAAGUCCAGACACCUUCAACUCAGACAAUGUUUUAUCUAUGAUGACCAAGCCCCAGCCAAGUGACUUGUGCUUUCUGCAGUUCACUUCGGGUUCCACUGGUGAUGCCAAGGGGGUGAUGAUAACACAUGGAGGACUAAUCCACAAUGUGAAGAUGAUGAAGAAGCGGUAUCAAAGUACCUCAAAAACUGUCCUUAUCAGCUGGCUUCCACAGUACCAUGACAUGGGACUAAUAGGGGGUAUUUUUACUGCUCUUGUAAGUGGAGGAACUUCCAUUCUAUUCUCGCCGAUGACAUUCAUCAGGAACCCCCUCCUGUGGCUGCAAACAAUCAGUGACUACCAUGGAACCCAUAGUGCAGGUCCGAACUUUGCAUUUGAACUUGUGAUAAGAAGGCUUGAAGCCGAGAAGAGCAAAGUAUAUGACCUCUCUUCAAUGAUCUUCCUCAUGAUUGCAGCAGAACCAGUAAGGCAAAAAACUGUCAGAAGGUUCAUAGAGUUGACUCAACCUUUGGGCCUUUCUGAAGGUGUUCUUGCACCUGGAUAUGGGCUGGCUGAGAACUGUGUCUAUGUUUGUUGUGCCUUUGGUGAAUGCAAGCCGGUCUUCAUAGAUUUGCAAGGAAGAGUUUGUUGUGGGUAUAUUGAGCAAGAUGAUACAGAUAUUGACAUCAGAAUUGUUGAUGCAGACUCUUUGAUUGAGCAUCAAGAUGGUACUGAGGGUGAGAUAUGGAUCAGCAGUCCUAGUUCUGGAGUUGGUUAUUGGGGCAACCAGGAAAUGAGCCAGAAAACUUUCUGCAAUCAGCUCAAGAACCACCCCAACAAGAAGUUCACAAGAACCGGUGAUUUAGGGCGGAUCAUUGACAGCAAACUUUUUAUUACUGGAAGGAUCAAAGAUCUAAUCAUUGUUGCUGGCAGAAAUAUUUAUUCUGCAGAUGUAGAGAAGACGGUGGAAAAUUCUUCCGAUGUCCUCCGGCCAGGAUGUUGUGCUGUUGUUGGUGUCCCAGAGGAAGUUCUGACUCAGAAAGGCAUCUCAAUUCCUGAUUCUUCUGAUCAGGUUGGACUUGUCGUGAUUGCAGAGGUUAGGGAGGGUAAGACAGUCUCUGAAGAAAUCAUUGACAACAUCAAAACACGUGUGGCGGAGGAGCAUGGUGUAACUGUUGCAUCGGUCAAGCUUAUCAAGCCUAGAACCAUAUCCAAGACAACAUCCGGGAAGAUACGGAGAUUUGAAUGCAUGAAGCAGUUUGUUGACAACAGUCUUAGUUUGGCCAAUGGUAAUCGUCCAUCUAAAAGGAGUCUAUUCCGGUCUCUAACAACAGGAACCGGCAUGGAGAGAAGGAGGUCAUUCUUGAAGCAGACUGUUGAUCCCACCAUUCAUCCUCAGUCAGAAAGCAAAGUGAAGAACUCCAAGCAGAUAACUGAGUUUCUGACACAGUUAGUAUCAGAUCAAUCAGGUAUUCCAAAGGACAAAAUUUCUCCAACAGGCAGCCUACCUUCUUAUGGCUUUGAUUCGAUUGCAGUGGUUCGAGCAGCUCAGAAGCUCUCAGAUUUUCUCGGUAUUCCUGUUGGAGCCAUUGAUAUCUUUGCUGCAAGCUGCAUUUCUGAGCUUGCUAGCUUCUUGGAGAAUUUGUUGAGUAAGUCACAACCAAAGUUGACACCUCAUCCCAACAGCCAGGGGAAAAGCUCGAGGGAGAUCAUUGAGUUUCUGACACAGAUAGUAUCAGAUCAAUCAGGUAUUCCAAAGGAUAAAAUUUCUCCAACAGGCAGCCUACCUUCAUAUGGUUUCGAUUCAAUUGCUGUGGUCCGAGCAGCACAGAAGCUCUCAGAUUUUCUUGGUACUCCUGUUGGAGCGAUUGACAUCUUUGCAGCAAGCUGUAUUUCUGAGCUUGCUAGCUUUUUGGAGAAGUUGUUGCCCAAGUCACAACCACUUUUGGCAUCUGAUGUAUCUUGCUCUACUGAGGAUGAGAGUUUAGUAGAUGUCAGUGCAGAUUUCAGUGUGCUUGCUACAGGGAUUCUCCAACUCCUGGCCCUUACCUAUGUGUGUUUCAUGUUGCUACUUCCAGCAUACCUUGCAAGUUUGGCAUACAUGAGCGUGUUCUACCCGGUCAGUCUGGUUGAAGCAUCAGUGAUGACUUAUCUUGGUUCGUUGGUCAUGGCACCUAUUGCUUGGAUUUGUUAUGUCUUGCUCACCUCCUUAUCAUUGUCUAUCUUGGGGAAGUCACUCCUUCAGCCAAAUUAUGGUCUGACCCCUGAUGUUUCGAUAUGGUCAGUUGACUUUGUUAAAUGGUGGGCACUGAACAAGGCUCAAGGGUUUGCUGCAAAGAUGCUAGCUGUGCAUCUAAAGGGAACAAUCUUCUUGAAUUAUUGGUUCAAGAUGCAAGGGGCUCGAAUUGGGUCAUCUGUUGUUAUUGACACAGUAGACAUCACUGACCCAUCCUUGUUAGUGGUUGCAAAUGGUGCAAUGAUUGCAGAAGGUGUUCUCAUCCAGGGGCAUGAAGUCCGUAAUGAAGUGCUGAGUUUUAGGCGUGUCAGAAUCGGUCGUGAGGCCUCCAUUGGUCCUUAUGCGGUGCUUCAAAAGGGCACCGUUGUGGAUGAUGGUGCUAUGGUCCCACCACUGCAAAAAACUGAGCCAGGGAAAUCAGUGUAUCAGAAUAAGAGAACUUCUGCAGACAUGAAGGAAGAAACAGGGAAAGCAAACAUGCUUCUUGAACACCUGGUUUGCAUCUAUGCGGUUGCGUUGCUAGGUGCUCUAUCAAGUGCAACCGUCUACACGUUUUACAUUCACUUCUCUGGCACUGAGGCUUCACCUCAGCACUUCUCUUUUGCAUGCAUUGCGGGCGCAUUCCACUGGUUACCAGCUGCCCUCGCCGCUUACCCUGUGAUUGUGCGGGAGGCGCCCACAAGCGCAUUGACAUUUGCUCUCUCCAUCGCCUUCGCCUACUUGAGCUACGGUGUCAUCCUCAGUCUUCUUACAAGUAUGGUCAACACAGCCCUCGCCACAAGGCCGGGAACCAAGCAAAACCAUAUGACAAGCUUGAUCCAGCGACGUAUAAACGUCGCUGUGCACCUCAGAUUUGCAAAGAUGUUAUCUGGAACUGAAGCAUUCUGCAUGUACUUAAGGCUUCUUGGUGCAAAGAUUGGCAGGCAUUGCUCUAUCCGGUCCAUUGAUCCAGUGGCGAAUCCUGAACUGAUCAAUAUUGGUGAUGGGGUCCAUCUAGGUGAUUUCUGCCACAUUGUUCCAGGGUUCUACUCCAGUAAGGGGUUUACUGGUGCGGAGAUAAAGGUCCAGGAGAACACCAUCAUUGGUAGUGGCAGCUUGCUCCUUCCUGGCUCAGUCCUCCAAGGGAAUGUCAUCCUUGGAGCACUUUCUGUGGCACCAGAACAUUCUCUUCUCCAGAGAGGCGGAAUCUAUGUUGGGGCACAAUCUCUGACCAUGGUGAAGAACACCUUGCUUGCAGAAGAUGAGAGGAUUGAAAUGAUGGACCCGAUGUACAAGAAGAUUGUUGGGAACCUCUCGGCGAACUUGGCAAUCACCACCAUGAACGUCAAGUCAAGGUACUUCCACCGCAUUGGCGUAAGCGGGCGGGGGGUCCUGAAAAUGUACGAGGACAUUCCAUCUCUGCCCAAGCACAAGAUAUUUGGCGCCGGCAAGUCUUUCCCAGUAAUCGUCCGGCACAGUAAUAGCCUCAGUGCAGAUGAUGAUGCCAGGCUCGAUGCGCGUGGUGCAGCAGUGCGCAUUCUCUCAGACGAUGGCGAGGUGCCUCUUCUGGACCUUACUUUGAAGAGUGGCAAAGCAUUUUAUGCACGCACAAUCGCCGACUUCGCCACUUGGCUGGUUUGUGGCCUGCCAGCGAGGGAAGAGCAUGUCAAGCGUGCUCCACACGUCCGGGAUGCUGUCUGGGGCUCCCUGCGGGACACCAACUCGUACACCGAGCUGCAUUACUACUCCAACAUAUGCCGGCUGCUGCGGUUUGAUGAAGGGAAGGAGAUGUAUGCAAAAUUCAAGCUUCGUCCUGUUGAUCAAGACAUACCGGAGGAGUCCGGUCAGGUGGUGCCAAGGGGUAUCUUGCCGCCGGAAACCGGUGCAAUCCCAAGAGAUGAGGGUGACACACGCCCUUUACUCUUCCUCGCCGACGACUUCCGUCGGAGGGUGGAAGUUCCAGACGGGGUGCGCUACGUCUUCCAACUGCAGCUCAGGGAGGUGCCCUCUGACGACGCCACCUGUGACGUCGCCCUUGACUGCACGCGGCCAUGGGACGAGGAGGAGUUCCCAUACAUCGACAUCGGAGAGAUAAGCAUCGACAACAAUCUCCCAGCAGAGGAGACGGAGAAGCUCGAGUUCAACCCCUUCCUCCGGUGCCAAGAGGUGGACGUCAUCCCGGCGUCGUCCUGCAAGCAGAGCGCGUCCAUCGACCACGGGCGCUCGCUGAUUUACGAGAUAUGCCAACGCCUGCGGAACGGCGAGCCACUGCCUGCGUCAUGGGCGGCUUUCCUGGAGCAGUCCGACACCAAGAUCAACCUGUCGGGGUGCCCAGUGGCCGCCGCCAUGCACACAAGAUCCGACACUGCCAAUGCCAGCGAGACCAAGGUGACCCUGGCCAGGACAUGGUACAAGGCGCUCUGGGCCACGCUGUGCCAGCCGCUGCUUCAAACGCUGGUGCCAUACUUUGUCCUGGGCCUGGUCAUCUUCCUCCCAUUCCGGGGCCUCCUUGCCGUCGCCGGGGCCACUGGCACGCCGCUGUACUGGCUGCUGCCGGUCUUCUGGCCCGUGUCGGGCUUGGCCGCCAUGGCGACAUGCGCCGCGGCAAAGUGGGUCCUGGUCGGUGUCAGGGGCGAGGGCGACGCGGUGCACAUCUGGGCGCCGCAGGUGUUCCUGGACACGGUCUGGCAGGCCAUACGGACGGCGACGGCGGAGUACUUCGCGGAGCUAACGUGCGGGUCGGUGCUGUUCGCGGCGUGGAUGCGGCUGAUGGGGUCGUCGGUGGCCGUGGCCGACGGCGUGUACGUGGACUCGAUGGGGGCGCUGCUGAACCCGGAGAUGGUGCACCUGGAGCGGGGCGCGAGCGUGGGGCACGACGCGCUGCUGUUCGGGCACGUGUACGAGGGCGAGGCCGGGAAGGUGAAGUUCGGCAGGGUCCACGUCGGGGAGGAUGGGUUCGUGGGCAGCCGGGCGGUGGCGAUGCCGGGCGUGAAGGUGGAGGACGGCGGCUACCUGGGCGCCCUGUGCCUGGCCAUGAAGGAGGAGAUCGUCAGGCACAAGCUAUAGGCCGUAGGCGCGAGAAGCAUGUGUGGGUUACUUACUGCUUUUGGUUUCAGCUAGCUGCCGCUCUCUCGGUGUGCCGCCUAUGGAUGUCUACGUAGGAUCUUAUAGCAGUGAUAAAGAUCAACAGCGACAGGUGGCUGCUAGAAGAAGAAAUAAAUCGAUUGUAGUAUGCAGU